AUGGCCCACCGAACAUAUGGCAGCAGCCAGCAUCAUGGUAGAACGCAGGCCAAGCAGUACAACGCACCACACCGCUACCCCAGCCAAUCAUCUCGACCCCUCCAACGCCCUGCUGCAACUUGGUCGUCAGACUACAUCUCCGAGCCAGUGUACUCGGACUCGGACGACUACAUCAACUCGCAGGAUCCGGAACCGACCCCAAGUCCUGCACGGUAUCAUGAAAGGCCCUCUCCGAUGACUUCGCCGUACAGCCCCCGGGAACGAGGGACUAAUAACAAGCCAUCAUAUUACACAACUCCCCCGCGUCGCCGCCAACAAUGGCCCGCGCGGUACCAGACCCCGUCCCCUAGUUCGGAUUGUAUUGCACAGUCCGUCCGGACAGAAGAUGAUUAUAUUGCUACGCCGGCGAGUCGUAUGCCCGGCGCCUUUGUGGACGACGACGACGACUACGAAACACCAGAGUACAACAGUGGAUACACCCAAUAUCGACCCGACGAUAGCUCACCGCCCCAACGCUCUGCCCCUAAAUCCUAUGAUCAAGAGAGUCCACCGCGUCGACGCCGUGCUGCUCCCAAAGACUACGACAAUGAUCCACCGUGGCACCAUCACCAUCGCGACUCCGACCUGACCAGCAGCAACUGGGACCGCAAGCACGACACAGCGCGGGCCCGGACCCGUAGCCGCAGCCGUAGUCGCAGCCGCGUCAAGCCCCUCAAGCCGCAUGAACUCGACAAUUUCCACGAAGCAAGGCAAUUUCUCGAGCGCUUCCGCGCCCUCGACAUCAAGCACACCGCUCGCCCCAUCGGCGCCUACUCAAGCGACGAGGACCGCGACGAUGCCCGGAGCCUGCGCUCACGCCACAGCAGUGUAUCCAGGGAACGCCCUGCAACAUACAUUUCCUCGCGUCGAAACAGCAGCAACGCAAAGAGCAAGCGACUCGAAGCCGCCAGUGACGCAUCCGUAGCUUGGUACCGCAGCUCCCACCGGUACAAAGACGAUACAUACGCAUCGUCUCCUGAACGCGCCACGGGCUUCAGCCAACCCCCCCGCCAAAGCCGACUCGACCGCUACGAGCGUCGUCCAAGCUACAAAAUGCUUACUCGAGAUACUGCACAUUACUCUGAUGUGGAUUCUCUAGGUCGCGACCCAUCAACCACGCGCUCCUACCUUUCCCGCCCCCCAUCCACAACCCCUUCCUACAUCUCCCGUUCUCGCUCACGCUCUCGUGCCCCAUUCACUGCCCCAUCUUACGUUUCCCCUUCUCCCUCUCCUCCUCGACACCGUUCCCCGCCUUCCUUCAGCCGUGCAGUGACUACCACACACCGCCGUUCAUCCUACAGCUCCGACAAUGGGAUUGGUGAGGGAAGCGAUUACCUUCCCAGUGACGACGACGAAGAAGAUCAUGCGAGACGCCACUUUUCAGACGACGACAAGUACGAACCGAGAGCGGUGUACAGUGAUGAUAAUGGGGUGGGAGAGGGAAGUGAUUAUGUUUCUAGUGAUGAUGAUGAUGAUGAUUGUGUCGAUGGUAGGAGAGGGAGAUAUGCGAGGGGGAAGAUGUAUAGUGCACGUGAGCGAGUGAAGGAAGAAGAUGAAGAAGAAGAAGAGCAUAGUUAUAGUAAAGGCUGGGGUGUUGGGAAUAGGGGCGAGACGACGGGGGGAAGACGGUAUUGGGAGGGUGGAGUGGGGAUAUAG